CACCUUUGUCUUUUUCUUCUUCACACUCUCUUCACAUUUUAUUAUCCCCCUUUCUUUUCGUCUCGCGCGUUCAUUGGCGACCCCGUCGUCAAAUGAACCUGCAUUAUCACCUUUCUCCGGAAAAUAAGGUACAGUCCUCCAGGAGAUCCGACAACUCCCAACAACUCAGCCAGGAUUAAGACCCUAAUCAGUCCUAGUGUUGCCUCUUCCCAUUGAUGAAGAGGUCCCCCGCAAGAUAAAUGGUCUUCAAGCCGUUUACCCAUAUCGCGCGUCAGAGUUUCACCAAAGCCUUCACUCAUGGCUAUGCUCAAUCAGUAGUUGCCGCCUCGCAGUCGUCCUACGCGUCGUCAACCACACUCAAUCAUCUCACCGUUGCGAACCCGGCAAAAUACUCUCGAACUACUCAGUUACAACAUGUCUUCCAACCGUCGAGUUCUUCAGGUGCCGGCGCGAAGGCCAGCCAGGGUAGCUCGGGUGGUGGUGAUGCAGGCUUAGCCGCCUACUAUGCGGCGUGGCAACAAGCCCAGCAGACUGGUGACGACAGCGACUGGAAACAGUUGCAGUUGAAACGAGGUCUUGGCUGGAAACCGCUCACGGAGGAAGAAGCGAGUAAACGAAAGGACGAAAAUGGCCUGUCCCCCACCGCUCGGUCCGAUCUCAAUCACUCUCCGCAUCUCACCCAGGCCUCUGUCAAUGCCGAUGUGAGUGCAAAGGUUGAAGAAGCAGUGGCCCGCGAGAUCCAGAUACAAGAAGAACAAGCACGGGCGGAGGAAGCGUCGGAGGCGCAGGAUGCCUCUGCCACCGAGGCAUUCCCGGACCUGCCGGAUGAUGUAGCUGCUGUUGGUGAUAUCGCGACAGAAGAGUCCCGCCUUGCUUCAGAAAGGAUCGAGCAACUCGCCUGCGAUAAGAAGUUUGUGGAUAUCCCUGGUGCCUUCGCAGCUCUUCUUCGAGACGGCCUUACGCCGACCGUUGGCGCCUACAAUGCUUUGUUGGACUCAGCUAUUGAACUCCACGAUGAUCGAUCACAGGCGAUCCCGAAGGCGCUCGAUGUUUACUCGGAUAUGCUUCGUCGUAGGGUAAUUCCUGAUGAACAAACGUACCGGAUGCUGGUUCAGCUCUUCGUGUUACGUGCCCACGACGCCAUGAAAGCGAUGGAGGUGCUGGAGCAGGAGAGGGUCCGUUAUGGAGGAAUGGAGGAGCCUGGAAAGUUCAUGCUGCACUCCAGUGAGCUUGAGAAGGCCAUUUUGGCUGAGGAUGACUCUCUUGGAAUUGCGCUUAAGCUUUUCGACACGGCCACUGCCCGACAUGCGGAUCUUGUCUUCCCGAUCGAUACGUACCGCCAUUUGAUUAGUGCCUGCGCCACUGAGGGUAAGGUUGACGCGAUGGUUCGCGUGUAUGCACACAUGGAGUCUCACAAAGUGACCCCUCACGCCUCCAUCUUCCCCUCAAUGAUUGACGCCUUUGCUUCCGCCGGCGAGUUGACGAGUGCUGUUGAGUGCUAUAAUGAGUAUAGGUCACUCGCGGUGUCCGAUGACAAUGGAACAUUCUGCAUUAUUCAGCGUCUGGAUGGCCAGGUUUAUGCCGCUUUGAUCAAGGCUUACAUUACAUGUGGCAAGGAGGAAAAUGCGAUGCGUUUCCUCGAUCGCAUCCGGUCCUCCUUUGAUGAAGUUACUGAAAACCGUGAAACGCGACAAGAGGCACUGGAGUCAGUUAUCAUCCAUGACGCCCUUGUGCAACAUGCUCUGAAAUCGGGAGAUUAUGCUAAGGCGCUUGGGCAAGCCAAAACUCGGUUACGCGACGGAGCUCUUGAUCAGGCCAUGUCUCAGAUCUGCAUAGCGGCGGCCGAUUCCGGCAACUUGGAGAUCGCUUCCGAAGCAUACGAUCUUCUCCCCAAGGACGUGGAGACACGACAGAAGCCUGCCGUUUCUAUGUUAGCUUUGCACGUCCGUGACGGCAAUGUGUCAGCUGCUCGGUCCUUGUGGCUGAUGUUAAGCACUGUGGGUCAGGCAACGUCGGAUAUGGUGCAGCCGACUGUGAUGUAUGCAGUCGCUCUUCUGAAGAGUGGUCGCACCGAGGAAUCUCUUGUUGAGGCGCGGAAUAUGUUUAGCCGCAUCCGCUCUUCCAACGAUCUCUCUUCGAACUCUCUUCGUGAACAGAUCAACGAGUGUAUUCACCUCCUCAGUCGUGUUCUUGUCCAGAGCGCUGCUAUACUUUCAACCCAAGCGUCAAUGUCACUUCUCUGGUUGAUGGCGGAGAACGGCGCCUUGAUCUCACCAGUUGCUCAACACGCCGUUGCGUUUCUAGGACCUCUGGAGAUUUCGCAGCUCAAUUCACGCGAUCUCGCUCUCGCCCUUCAGGUUCAAGCUGGAAUUCUGGUCAACAACAGCGCUAUGUCUUUUGAUGCCGCACACCCUAUUCGAUUCUCUCAUAUGUUGGACAUUGCUCUAGCAACAGGACUCGCGAUGGAUUCCACUACCGUCAAUCUCGUUGACCAAGCAGUUAAUAAGCUUUUCACUAGCCGGCCUGACAUGGUCAGCCGAUGGCACAGUUACUUGGGCCUGACAUCUAGCCCGUCUAGCUACAUUUCUGGUCCGCACACCCCUGUCUCGGAGAUUUCGAGUAUGAGCUCGGUUCUGAGUGAGGACUCGUUUGACCCUUAUGCAUACGCUACCGACUUCAAGGGAUCGGCGCUGAUCGCUGAUGGACUCGAGAGCACUAAUGGUCGGCCCGAGGCUCACCUCAAUGAAGCUCUUAAUAGGCUCCGCAACAUGCGUCGCGCUGGUCGACACCCUCGCUACGUCACCUAUGCCAAACUUAUUGGGGCUGCAGCCAAGAACAACCGCGUUGAUCUUGUGCACGAAGUCUUGAGUAUGGCUAGGCGUGACGUUCCUCUUCUGCCCCAGUAUAAGGCUGUUAAGUAUGGCUGGACUUCUAUCCUUGAUGCCAUGGUUGCCGCUUGCUUAACCCUAGGUGACCGUGGCCUUGCCGCCAAGUAUCACCACGAGCUGUCCGAACUUGGCUCUGCCCCCUCUGCCAACACUUUCGGCCUGUACAUCACCACAUUGAAGGAAUCCACCAAGACAUUCGACGAAGCCACCGAAGCCUUGAAGAUCUUCCACCGUGCUGUUGCAGAGGGUGUUGAGCCCACAUCGUUCUUGUACAAUGCUCUUAUUGGCAAGCUGGGCAAAGCCCGUCGUAUCGAUGAUUGCCUCCAGUACUUCGCCGAGAUGCGUGCCAACAAUGUCCGACCUACCAGUGUCACCUAUGGAACUAUUGUCAACGCACUUUGCCGUGUUAGCGAUGAACGUUUUGCCGAGGAGAUGUUUGAAGAGAUGGAAUCCAUGCCAAAUUACAAACCCCGUCCCGCACCUUACAACUCCAUGAUUCAAUAUUUCCUCAACACAAAACGCGACCGCAGCAAGGUUUUGGCCUAUUACGAGCGUAUGCUCAGCCGCAACAUCAAGCCGACCAUGCAUACCUACAAGCUCCUUAUCGACGCGCAUGCUUCUCUAGAACCCGUUGAUAUGGAGGCCGCUGAAAAGGUACUGGAGACUGUUAGGGCAUCUGGACAAGAACCGGAAGCCGUGCAUUAUGCGUCGCUCAUUCAUGCUAAGGGCUGUGUGAUGCGGGAUAUGGAAGCUGCCCACGACGUGUUCAAGUCUGCUGUUUCAAACCCCAAGGUUAACGUGCAGCCUUGCCUGUACCAGGCCCUUCUCGAAUCCAUGGUUGCUAACCGCCAGGUCGCGCAGACCGAAACUGUUGUUGAGGACAUGGUCAAACGUAGGGUGGAGAUGACCGCUUACAUCGCCAACACCCUCAUCCACGGAUGGGCCGCCGAAGGAAACAUCCAAAAGGCCCAGGCUAUUUAUAACAGUGUCGGGAUUGAAAAACGGGAACCAAGUACGUACGAGGCCAUGACUCGUGCGUUCUUGGCCGCCGACGACCAUGCGAGCGCUUCUCGCACGGUGCAGGAGAUGCUCUCCCGCGGGUAUCCUACGGCCGUGGCUCACAAGAUUGCCGAUCUUGUGGGCAAUGGUGCAGUCACAGCCACUCUCUAAAGUGGUUGUUCAGUUCUUUGACGAUAAAAGUUGCCUCUUUUCUUCAUAUCCAGACGCCCACCACUGGGAUCUUAUCGCAUCCACACAGGGCUGGACCCGGUUUUCUCUAGCUCCCCAGCCCGACAUUAACUAUGGACAUUGGGAGGCACUUGAAUGCCAGGAGCUCUUCGUAUUUAUUUGGACAUAUUGCAUUCAGCGGGUAUGGCGUUCGUCGCAUUUUUGUAUCUAUACCACUGUUUGGGCUAUGGUUCUGCUUUUUUUUCUUUUGUUCAUUUCUUUCCAUUUGUUUGAUAGAGACUCUCAACUCUCACGUCAAUGAUAUACGACGUUCGACGAU